CCCCGACUUCGUUCGGCACACACCCGCUCGCCAUGCGCCUCCCGUCGGUUCGCUUCCUGCCGUCGAGUACGGCGCCGGCGGUGGUGGCCGCGAACGCGCGCAUCGCCUGGAUGGCGCGCGCGGGUAACAUGGAGGGCGCCCGCGCGACGUUCGAGGCCAUGCCCCUCCGCACCACCGCUUCCUACAACGCCCUCAUCGCCGGCUACUUCCGUAACCACCUCCCGGAGGCCGCCCUCGGCCUCUUCCGUCGCAUGCCCUCCCGCGAUCUCGGCUCCUACAACGCUCUCAUCUCCGGCUUGUCCCUCCGCCGUCACACCCUCCCUGAUGCGGCGGCCGCGCUCGCCUCCAUCCCCUUACCCCCCUCAGUCGUCUCCUUCACCUCCCUCCUGCGCGGGUACGUGCGCCACGGCUUCCUGGCCGACGCCAUCCGCCUGUUCCACCAGAUGCCCGAGCGCAACCACGUCUCCUACACGGUUAUGCUGGGUGGUUUUAUUGAUGCCGGCCGUCUCGAUGAGGCCGGCAAGCUGUUCGAUGAAAUGCCUGACAAGGACGUAGUUGCACGAACCGCCAUGCUAUCUGGGUACUGCCAGGCUGGCCGAAUUGCCGAGGCACGUCUGCUGUUUGAUGAUAUGCCGAAGAGGAAUGUUGUGUCAUGGACUGCAAUGAUAUCUGGAUACUCUCAAAACGGGAAGCUUAACCUUGCGCGGAAGCUUUUUGAGGUGAUGCCUGAUCGCAAUGAGGUGUCAUGGACUGCUAUGUUAGUCGGUUACAUACAGGCUGGCCAUAUCGAGGAUGCUGAGCAGCUGUUUAAUGCAAUGCCAGAGCACCCAGUGGCUGCCUGCAAUGCGAUGAUGGUUGGGUUUGGGCAACGCGGGAUGGUGGAUGCUGCCAAGGCAGUGUUUGAGAGAAUGCAAGAGAAGGAUGAUGGUACGUGGAGUGCAAUGAUUAAAGCAUAUGAGCAGAAUGAGUUCUUGAUUGAGGCAUUGUCUACUUUCCGUGAUAUGUCAUGGAGAGGUGUACGUCCAAACUACCCAUCAGUCAUUAGCAUCCUCACUGUGUGUUCGGCACUAGCUAUUCUCAAUUAUGGAAGGGAGGUGCAUGCUGCAAUGCUGAGAUGCUCCUUUGACAUGGACGUCUCUGCUGUCUCAGCAUUAAUCACAAUGUACAUCAAAUGUGGAAAUUUGGAUAAAGCUAAUAGGGUCUUCAAUAUGUUUGAGCCCAAAGAUGUCGUGAUGUGGAACUCGAUGAUCACUGGUUAUGCUCAACAUGGGUUGGGGGAGGAAGCACUUGGCGUAUUUAAUGACAUGACGAUUGCAGGAAUGGCACCUGAUGGAAUUACUUAUAUAGGAGUCCUCACUGCUUGUAGCUAUACCGGGAAAGUAAAAGUAGGGAGGGAAAUUUUCAAUUCUAUGUGUAAGGAUUCUGCCAUCCGACCAGGAGCGGAGCAUUACUCUUGUAUGGUUGAUUUGCUUGGUCGAGCUGGACUUGUAGAUGAAGCAUUGGAUUUGAUUAAGAACAUGCCAGUUGAAGCCGAUGCUAUCAUCUGGGGAGCACUGAUGGGUGCCUGUAGGAUGCACAAGAAUGCUGAGAUUGCCGAGCUUGCUGCUAAGAAGCUAUUAGAGCUAGAGCCCGAGAGUGCUGGACCAUAUGUUUUGCUCUCUCACAUUUAUACAUCCACUGGGAGGUGGGAAGAUGCUUCUAAGAUGCGGAAAUUCAUUAGCUCAAGGAAUUUAAACAAGUCUACAGGCUGUAGUUGGAUAGAGUACGACAAGAGGGUGCACCUCUUCACAUCUGGUGAUAUAUUAGCACACCCAGAGCAUGCUAUUAUCCUUAAGAUGUUGGAGAAACUAGAUGGUCUACUGAUGGAAUCUGGUUACUCAGCUGACGGAAGCUUUGUGCUCCAUGAUAUAGACGAAGAGCAAAAACUUCAUAGCUUGCGAUAUCAUAGUGAGAGGCAGGCUGUGGCGUAUGGACUUUUGAAAGUUCCAGAAGGAAUGCCCAUUCGUGUCAUGAAGAACCUUAGAGUGUGUGGUGACUGCCAUGCUGCCAUGAAGUUGAUUGCAAAAAUAACUUCCCGGGAAAUCAUACUCAGAGAUGCUAAUAGGUUCCAUCAUUUCAAAGACGGAUUUUGCUCAUGCAGGGACUAUUGGUGAGGUGAAUGGCAAGGGAACAUAUUCAGAAUCCGAGUUUCAUCUGAACAUGAUUUCAUCAUCUACUGUGAGUGAACUGCACAUGGGGAGCUUGUUCCCUUGAGGUAUGUUUGCAACUAUGGACGGUAAUGUGACUGCUGCUCUAAGCGAGGUCACUUCUUAGAGGGAGUCACUGUUUUUCAAGAGCAGCAUGUUAUUUGAAUGGGUACAAACCCCAAAAGACAGCUUAAGACUGGUGAAGCAGUGGAGUUCGUCUAUUGUGAUAGGUUUGAUAGACAGGAAAAAUUAGGACAUUCAUGACAUGGCGGAAGACUGAAUAUGCUGUGCUGGCAGUCUGAUCACAAAAUCACUCGUGGAGAUUUUGAGUGUGCUACUGUGGCUUCUCAGCACUCAGCAGUUUGUUUGGCAAACAAAGGAUCCAGUGAACCACAAGGCCCUAGAGGAGGUUAGGCCGACUUAGGAGAGCUCAUAGUUGUCGUGCUCUGACAGGGUCCCUCCUUGAUGUGCGAGAUUUCGGGUCUUCAAGAGACAUCGUUUGUGUGUCCUGCAUAUCGCGUCCCUGGUGGGGCUCCUUCGGCGAUGUGUUAUACAUAUUGUACUCGACGUUGAGAGCACACCAUGACUGUCUUCAUGUGUGAACACAUUUUUUGACGAUUCCACUGGGAAGGAAGCUUCGGAUGGUCUAUCCUGAUUGUUGUUGCUACAAAGAGAUUGCCAUCUAGGAAUUGCACUCUAAAAGAUAAUAUCAAUACCCUGUAUGUGCAAAUAAUUCAUAUGUUAAUGUUGUUAGAUCCUUUGAUGGUUGUAAACUGAAAAACAAAGUUGUAAACUGGACAUUUCAUCAUGGUUCAUGAAAGAAAUUAGACUUCA